AAAAGUGCUGUAAAAUUGUCGUUUCCGUUUCCUCGUGGUUUGGUGAGUCAAGAAACCCAACGAAGGUGCAUUAAACAUGACGCUCGUAACAUAUAGUGUGCUCCGGCCCAUUGCCAUCUUCGCGGGUGUCUUUGGUAUUCUCCAAUCUCUCAUAUGGAUCGGCUUUUCCAUCGUGGGAAUCAUCGCUUACUACUGCGAAGUGGAUUUUUCCGGCCAAACGGAAACGAUGGGAUCAUUGCUAACGUUAACAUUUUUCAACGUCUACUUCCGAGGAACAUGCGAGCAGCAGAAUAUCCCUGAGAUUGAUAUGUCGCUGGUGCAAACCAUGAAUCUGAUGCCCCCGGGAGACGUGCAUGCGUUCGUUUGGGUUUAUCUAAUUUUACAUCUGUUUUGGGGCAUCAGCUCGCUAACGCUGCUAACAAAUGCACGCCAAAAGUAUAUCCGUUACGCAAAUAUAUUCCUGUACAUUUGGAUCAUCGUUACUAUGAUCAUCAGUGUGCUGGAUCUGGCUCUAGGCAUUUUGUUUGCCAUUGACUACGACAUGAUUGUUCACGCACUUUUCGAAUAUCCUUUCGGGCUGAAUGUAGUGCUACCGUCGGUGCAAGUUCUCGCCACUGCAGCGCAUGUGUCCGGUAUCAUGAUGGUGAUGGCUUUCCGCGGCUGGGUAUUCUGGAUCGUUAAUGUGGCGUUGGCGAUCUUUUUGUUUACGCAAACGUUUAAGAUAUACGACUAUAACCAGGCAAAACGCAAGCACAAGAAUGGCACAACAAAUGGAGGGUUCGUGCCAGAGAGCGACGCAACUGCACGUCGCCCGCCUAUCGAUGCAUAUGAUAUGACGCAAUCGAAUACUCAAGCGUUUGCACAACCGCAACCAUCGGAGUAUCGAGGUAGACCGCUAGAAAGGUUUAACGAAGCUCCUAUCCUGGUGGAGUCACCGAUGCCACCACAACCAGAUUGGAGCCAACAGCGUACGUUUGAACCCAAACCGACCGUCGUAGUUAAUCGAACCUUAGAGCCACUGGCAAGACCCCAGUCGAUGGCGCCCUCGGUUGAGGACACUCGGCCAAUUCCACCCCCACCUCCACCAAAGAACUUCAUGAACACCGUAGUCCGCCGAGACGCUGCGGCGGCAAAGGUCGCUCAGGAGCUUAAUUAUCGCAACAACAGCUUUAACGGGGCUAACAAUGGCAUUGCUGCCGUGAAUUUGCGCCCGACGGGAUUGAACUUAAAUCCAGGUCCUAUGAGCGGUGACACAGAUUUGCCGACUCCUAACUACAGCCCUCCGAUGCCUCGAACGAAUCCGUUCGAAAAUCGUCCACCACUUCGGUCGGUGCUGCGUAAUUCUAGAUUCCAGUGA